CAAAAAGGCUUGGUUUCGUAUUAAACUGUUUAUGUCCCUCGAUGUUUGUUAAAAAAUAAAUUAUAUAUCUGUUUAAAAACGUAUUUUUUAAUAUUGUGUUCUAAGCCACCUGUCUAUAUCCUCUUGAAACGCAGAUUCGGUACACAUGGUUUUACGAACCAACCUCAACCUCAUAGAGUCACUCACGACUCGCGUAUCGUUGGCUGAGGUACCAUCACGGUACCAUUGAUAAAGCCGGUACUGACAUUACGUAGAAACCCAUGAAUGGUUAGUUGAAAGGAGAAAUCGUGGCUAAGAAUAAAAGAAAAGAAGUUAACGUUUUCAGUUCGAAAUAGUCAAAUACGGUCCGGUUUUUAAUUAUAUAGUUUAGUUUCUAGUAGUUAUUUGUUUUUUGACUGAUUUUGAAAAUUAUGGAGGCGACAGUCACCGAAAAAGUGUUGAGUUUUAUAAAAGAAGAAACUUCCACUCCUUUACCCACAGUACAAGAUGUUGCAGACUCGGAUUCAAAACAACUAACAACAGUGAUUAUUUUUGUGAUAUCAGCCAUUUUAGCCAUAACAUUAUUGUUUGUAAUAGCAAUUUUCAUAGAUUGCAGGCAACAAAAACUACAAAAGUUGCAGUCCAAACCAAAGAGAAGAUUGCUGAGACUUAAGCUUCCAAUACCAAUCAUUGGUCGACCUGUUAGAGAAGAUCAAAACUCAAUUUUGGAUAAAAUAGAAUAUGGGGAACCCUCAAGUUCACAAGCAUAAUGUGAUAGACCAUUUUUUUAUAAAUUGAUUAUAAUAGCUGCAAUAUUGAUUUAAAGUGUAUUUUUCUUUGCAGUAUAAAAAUCGAGCAUUGUUAAGAUGUUACUGCUUGUGUAAAAACAAUGAAAAAUUGUGAAAUGUCAGUUACUUAUGAUAUAAAUAAAAAGAAACAAUAAAAUGGCUGAAAAUAAUACUUCCGUUAUUAAAAAAGUUAUUUAAUUUGUACCAUUUAUUUGUUAGCCUUGUUUAUUAGGCUAUGUUGUUUUGCAAUGAAGAUAUUUAUAUUUUUAUGACUUAUUUUUGUGAAAUAUGUUAUACUUAUCUAGGUUAUUGUGUACAUAAUGUAUUAAAGUGUCUUAACUGUAAAGACUGAAUUGUAGUAAUGUAUUAAAUAUACUA